AUGGCCUUCCGGGCCCGGACCUGGAACAUGUCAAUGGUGUUUGCUGGUGACUCGGUUACUGACUUCGUGUGCACUCGUGUAGACGGGACGCUCAACUCGGCCCCUGACACACCCUCUCCCCUCUACCCCGAUCGUCUGAUUCGUCCGCUCCCCAAACGAACCUUGCGUUCUCGCCUGUCCACGGACGCCGCCGACACGAUCCUGUACCCUCCCUCUCUCCCCGCAUCGCAGAUCUUUUAUGGUGUUUCCCCGGACACCGAAGAAGUGGUGAACAACUCCAAAGCCUAUGCGCGGCUGCGGCAGACCCAGAGCGUCGACGGCUGUGCAGAAAGCCACCCGCACCAUGAUUGCGAGGCAGCGGCAGAGUUGGACAGCGGAGAUGACGAUGGGCCAGUAGUUGUUCGCCGGAGUGCUGGGUUUCGAGGGUCUUCACCGUCCCCUUCCAGCACCCACCCGAACACCAAUGGCGAUGGUCCCCAGGUGAAGUCGCCGGCGGGCCCCGAUGGUUAUGACGCUUUUGAAAAUACCAAUAACAAAAAGAAGAGAAAGAUUCCAACACCAGGGAACUCGGGAGGUCAUCACUCCGCCUUGUCUCCGGAGUUUGCCAGCAUGGGCUUGGCAACUCCGAAUUCAAGCUCAGCCGCGGCUGUGAAUGAUGCUGUGACCACCGGGACGUACUAUGGCAGCGGUAACCCUGCGAGCCCCUUGGGUAGUGGAAUCUCCGGGUCUGGAAGAGGCCGCCUGGGGCGGGCCACUGUUCGCACUGGCAGUGGCAGGGGCCCAUUAUCAGCUAACGCGCAGAACGCGUGGAUGAAUACUCGAGUUCCGAGCCGGCGGGAUGGGCUCAUGUCCUCGCCUGGGCCAGCCGGGUAUCAUCUCUACCGCAAUUGCAAAUGCCGCAACGCUUUCAUCCCCCCUCGAGGCCCCAGCAACGUCAGUUUGCUGGACCAAGAGAACACCACCCCCACCAAAACACAAUUUACCUUCACCUGCGAGUCGGACUCUUCCAAAGGCAUGGCGAUGCAGCGGAACUCGUACUCUGGUCCGCACCGCUCGCCUACCUCCCCUCUUGCCGCAGCGAGCCAUGCGAGAGGAUUCUCCACCCAAGGCACGCAAACCAGUCCGAGUAUGGCUGCACAGAUGAACCAGCAUGGUUCGCCCGGUACGCAGAUCCCGCCUGGCCAAGGCGGAGAACAAGCUCCGGUGGGCCGCAAAAAGAAACGGCCACCGGGUGCCAUUUACAGCUUGGCCGCACGGCAACGCAAGAUCCAGCAGCAGUACACGAAUCUCCAUCAUCCGCCAGCCAUGGAAGAUAUUUGGAUUUGCGAGUUCUGCGAGUAUGAGAGCAUUUUUGGCCGCCGGCCCGAGGCACUCAUUCGGCAAUACGAGAUCAAAGACCGUAAGGAGCGGAAGCGCCUGGCUGAGAAGAAGAGACUCUUGGAAAAAGCGAAGAUGAAGGGCCGUAAGACCAAGAAGGCCACUAAGAACGCGUCAAAGCAGGCCGCUGUCCAGCAAGUUGAAGAAGAGGCCUACCGUGAGGGGUACCGGGCUGGGUUGGCUGGUGAGCCCCCUGGGCAUCCGUCCGAUGAGGAAGAGGAUUAUGAAGAUGAAGCCGAUUUGAUCCCCGCCCCGGGGUCCAUGCCUCCUCCCCCAUCGGAUCUGAAGCCGCCUCUUCCCACUGGAAACCACCCAGCAACGACUGCCACGGAUCCCCAGGGAAUUGCAGAUGCCGCAGCUAGCAGACCUGCCUGA